AGAAGAUGAGCGGCAAAGGGAAACUUAACAAUGGCGGCGGCGCCGGACUUGGCGCGAUUCCCGCCGGGUCUCGGAAGAUGGUGGAUAGCUUGAAGGAGAUAGUGAGCAACUAUUCCGAUUCUGAGAUCUACGCUGUUCUCAAGGAGUGUAAUAUGGACCCUAAUGAAGCCGUCAAUAGGCUCCUCUCUCAAGAUCCUUUUCAUGAGGUGAAAAGCAAACGUGAGAAAAGAAAAGAGAAUAAGGGCUCUACUGAAUUUAGGGUACAUGGUGGUAGCAGUCUAAGCCGUGGAGGCAGGGGAGGCACAGACCGAUUUGUUGGGCGUGGUGGCUCAGACUCUACGAUGCAUGGAAAUUAUACUUCUUCUAAGAAGGAAAAUGGGCCUAGUACAACUAUGGCUACUGGAUAUUCUGGAAGCAACAACAAUUGGCAGCCUCCAACCACGAGUUAUUUCAUUGGCAAUGAAAAUAAAAAGUCAUUGGCUGUUGCAACUGAUCACAUUUCAUCGGCUCCACAUCCCUCUGCUGGACAUCAAACUGCUUGGGGGGUGGGCACCCCAGGUCAAGUUUCAAUGGCUGAUAUAGUCAAAAUGGGAAGGCCUCACAACAAAGAUGCCAAUACCAAUCACAAUUAUGGUCAUGGACCUUCCUACCAUGAGACACAUCAGUUUUCUAACUAUCAUGAUUCUAAAGAUUCUGAAAUACACCUGGAUUCAGAAGUUUGCUCUACUCAACAUGAUUCUAAUAAUGAUGAAUGGCCUUUAAUUGAGCAGCCAUCAGCUUCUAUUUUCCCUCCUAACCCGGAGCCUGCUUUAGAGCAUCAACCAUAUCCAGACUCUUUUAACCUUGCCUAUGAUAGAACUGACCAGCAUGUUCAGGAGGAGGGUGAGGUUCAGGAAAUAGAAGAUCAUGGCUUAAAUAUUGGUCUGAGACGAGUGCCAUCUGGGCCUAAUCCAAACAAAAUGUUAGAGGACGAUUCGGGUGUUCAGUCCCUAUAUGACAAUGGCAUUGACACUUAUGGACACAACGAUCAUAGUCGUUCUUUUGCUGAUCAUGAUGGUGUGAGACAUGUGCCGUCUCGUCCUAAUCCAAACAAAAUAUUAGAAUGCAAUUCUGGCGUUCAGUCUCUAUAUGACAAUGACAUUGACACUUACGGACACAAAGAUCAUAAUCGUUCUUUUGCUGAGCAUGAAUUUGAUGUGAACACUUCAGUUUCUUUAGCUGCUGAACACAUGCAACACUUGACUAUACACAAGGAUCAAACUCAGCCUCCCGAAGAUGAGGAAGGGCCUUCUGUUGUUAUUCCAGAUCACCUACAAGUUCAAAGUGUAGAUUGUUCCCGUCUGAGCUUUGGCAGCUUUGGGUCAAUCAAUGCUACUCUUUCUGGUCAUUCAGCCUCUUCUGCUAAAAAUCAUGUGGAAGAGGUGCCUGUAGAUGCAGAGCAACAACCAAUGGGCCACUUGCCAAAAAGAAACUCUGAACACUUUGGUGGUGAAACAAAUGCACCGGAUGGUGAUUUAUUCCGCAUGACUAGGAACUAUGAGUCACCUGCUGAUUUACAAUCUGAUGCAUUGAGUGUUGAUCACAGUGAAGUCCCUCGUGCAAAUCAAUACAACUAUCCCUCUUCGGAAUCUGACUAUAAAUAUGAGAAUGCUCAACAGUUGAAUGGGGACUUUAGUCAACCACAGACAAGCUCACAACAGGUUCCGAACCUUGCACCUUUCAAUACAAUGGGAUACUCAAGUUCUUUACCAAGCAACUUGUUGGCAGCUAAUGUCCAUGCUCCUCGGGAGUCUGAUAUUUCAUACUCAAUAUUUCCUACGCAUGCAAUGCCCCCAAAGUAUGGCAACACAGUUUCUUCCACUGGUAGUUCGUCAUUUUCUAUUCCAGAGGCUUUGCAAAUGGUUGGCUCAUCAAUUUCCAUGCCAGAGGGUUUGAAAAAUGUUGGUAUGUCGUCAACACAGCCGCCUAGUCAGCAGGACCUAAGUCUUAACGGGACCGGACUUGCAACAGGACCUGCUCUACAUCAACACCUUAAUUUACAUCCAUAUUCACAACAUGCACUUUCAGCAGUGAGUCCCUUUGGGAACAUGAUUGGCUAUCCUUUUCUGCCACAGAGUUAUGCAUACAUGCCCUCUGCUUUCCAACAAGCAUUUGCAGGUAACAGUGCUUACCAUCAAUCACUGGCUGCAAUGCACCCUCAGUAUAAGAAUAGUGUAUCAGUCAGCAGCUUGUCCCCUCAGUCUGCAGCUGGUGUUCCCUCUGGCUAUGGGUUUGGGAAUACCGCUGCAGUUUCUGCAAACUUUCAAAUGAAUAACCCCACAGCUCCAUCCGUGUCAUCCUUAAGUUAUGAUGAUUCACCAAUUCCUCACUAUAAGGACACCACUAAUCUAUUGUCUCUUCAGCAGAGCGAUAAUUCAGCUGCAUCCUGGCUACAAGGACCUAAUUCUAGAACAAUGUCGGCCAUUCCGGCCGCAAGUAACUACUACAACUUUCAGGGACAGAGCCAGCAGCAAUCCGGCGGUGGAGGAUUCAGACAAGCUCAACAACAGCUACAACAACAGCAACAACCAUCAUCACAGAAUUACGGAUCUUUGGGUCACUCGAACUUCUACCAUUCCCAAACCGGAUUGUCAAUGGACCACCAUCACCAUUAUCAACAGCAGCAGCAGCAGCAGCAGCUUCAAAACCCCAGAGAUGGUGUCCAAGUUGGGCAGCACCAGCAGCAGCAGACUAAUCAGUCCCAACAGAUAUGGCAUAACAACUACUAAUCUUACCAGUGGUUUUCUGGAGGGUGUGUCUUGUAAUGAGAGAGUGUGAAAGUGGCCUUUUUUCAAGCUAACCAGUUGCCCUUCCCCAGCAGUGAUUUGAGAGUUAAUCUUCUUAUGUCCCAAAGGGACUUGACUGGUUGGUUACUGCAUGCCUGCCUGCCUGCCCUUUUCCCAGAGAGGAUGUACUUCACAUAUUCAUUCUGUUUAGUGUAACCUAGGACGCUAUCUGUUUUUCCUUUUUUUUAUUUACUCCCGUCUUAUAGCUCUCUUUUUUCUCGGUUGGGAAUUGUGUUUUUCAUUUUUCAUCUUUUGUAUGAACCGGUGUGAUUGCCUUAUUGUUGCUAACCAAUUUCAAUUCCUUGCUGGUUU